GCGGCCGCGCAUGCCCCUGCCUCCGCCUAGGGGCCAUAGAGAUCGCUUCGAGGCGCGUGGUACAGCUUCUAUAUACCUCCAGCAGAAGUUGUGCUUCUCGCGCCAGCCGGUGAUCUCUACACGCGGAGUACGAGGCGUCAGUUGACAGCCAGAACAAAAAGAGCGCGAAAUGACCAUGGCCUACGCCGGCCUGGCCAGGGUCUUUGAUACGGACGUGACCCCACUGAUCUUGGAUUUCCUGAGCGCCGCCGAGGCGUUCGACGGGGAUUUGGUCGCGACGUCACGCGGCUUCGCCGUCGACGUGCAGCAAGCGCUCAGGAGCCGUGCCUGUCGGCACCACGUGUACUACGUCCAGUUGCAACUCGCCGAGCGGUUCAUGGCCGCGGCGGGAACACGGGCGCAACGGGAGGCCAUGUCAUAUGCUCUUGGCGCGGCAGAGAUUCCCAUCCCCGCGGCGAUGGAUCGGGCGCUGAGCGCCGAAAUUCGCACCAGCAGCGCGGACCCCACGCACCUCGAAGAGUUGAGCGCGUGCUUCUUACGACUGCCCGACUUCACCCGGGACUUGUGUUUGCGUCUUGUGCUGGCGGCUCACGAAACUGGAUCUGUCGCGUUAGCUCUCAAAGCGCGCGUGUGUAUCAGCCGCAUGCGCGGGAAUUAUGAUUAUUAUAGCGAUGACUCCCGUCUCUCUGCGUUCCUCGCCCCAGGUGGUCCGCUCGCCGCCGCGCGCAAUCAAGCCGGUGCCGCGCGCGAGUAUUGCCGCGAGGUAUGGCCGGAGGCGGACACGCCGCCCGGCGACGACUGGCCGCCCGCGCGCACGGACUGGCGCCGGGUCGACGACGGCCUCGCCCCAGGAGGUAGGACCAGUGCCAAAAUGCAACGCGCAGACCGCGGUGGGCCUGUGCGCAACUCCGUUUUGAUUCCCGCACAGGUUAUCGCUUCCGGGUCCCGGGAGAGGCCUCGGAGAACGCCACGUCGUAGUGGGGUUCUUUGCUGCCGGUGA